UUUGGAGCAGAAUUUCGACGGUUUUCCCUGGAGAGGUCCAAACCUGGCAAGUUUGAGGAGUUCUAUGGAUUGCUGCAGCACGUGCACAAGAUCCCCAACGUGGAUGUCCUGGUGGGGUACACAGACAUUCAUGGGGACCUGCUGCCCAUCAAUAAUGAUGACAAUUACCACAAAGCAGUUUCCACAGCCAAUCCUCUGCUCAGGAUUUUCAUUCAGAGAAAAGAAGACGCAGACUACAGUGCCUUCGGGACGGACACCAUGACGAGGAAGAAGAACGUGCUGUCCACCGUGUUGCGUGCAGACAACCACAAGAAGAAGCCCCACAUUGUGAUCAGCAUGCCCCAGGACUUCAGGCCGGUGUCCUCCAUCAUCGACGUGGACAUCCUGCCCGAGACGCACCGCAGGGUGCGGCUGUACAAGUACGGCACCGACAAACCGCUCGGCUUCUACAUCCGCGACGGCUCCAGCGUCAGGGUGACGCCGCACGGGCUGGAGAAGGUGCCAGGGAUUUUCAUAUCCCGCCUGGUGCCCGGGGGGCUGGCUCAGAGCACGGGCCUGCUGGCUGUCAACGACGAGGUGCUGGAGGUGAACGGAAUAGAGGUGUCGGGGAAGAGCCUGGAUCAGGUGACAGACAUGAUGAUCGCCAACAGCCGCAACCUGAUCAUCACCGUCAGACCAGCCAACCAGAGGAACAACGUGGUGAGGAACAGUCGGACUUCUGGCAGCUCCGGCCAGUCCACGGAGUCCAGCCUGCCCAGCAGCACACCCAACAUCCUGGGCAGCUUCCUGCAGGGAGAGGAGGAGAGCGACGAGGAGGACAUUAUCAUCGAGGACAGCGGUGAGCCGCGGCAGAUCCCCAAAGCCUCGGCCACCAGCGACAGCAUAGAGUCACUGUCACAGAUCGAACUCCUCCACGAGUCCACCCAGAAUGGAUUCCUUCCCUCCAGGGAGCUGAGCUUGACUCACUCAGCAGGCAGCAUCAGCAUGGAGUAUGAAGCACCAGACGCAGGGCGGAAGGCGUUGGAGGAGGAUGGAACUAUCAUAACACUAUGA